AUGCCCAACAAUCCCAGUCCACCCUCAAUUGCAACCGCAACCGCAACACCCAUAAUAACCACCCCCCAACAACCCCCAUCGCAAUCGCAACAACAACAGCAGCAGCAGCAGCAACAAUGGCACGACAAAUCCUCUGCGCCCCCGACUACCCUCCUGCCGACGUGUCUCGCGUCCACGUAUUUUGCGCUGCAUACGGCCUGCACGCUUGGUGUUUAUGCGGGGCGGUUUGAGAAACUCGUGGAUGAUCCGGUGAAUGAGUUGGCGGCGAGAUUGCCGGUGCAGGUGCUUGCGCAGGUGGUUUUUGCGGUGCUUUGUUUGAGGCCGGGUGGUGCUGGUGCUGGUGCUGUUACGGGGGGAGGUGGGGAGUUGGGGGGUGCGAGUGGGAGUGGGAGUUCGAGUUCGAGUUCGAGUUCAAGAUCGAAGGGUGGACGGCGGAGGGGAGGUGCUGGUGCUGGAGGAGCUGGAGGUAUCACAGGAAGUGGAAAUACCGCGACGAAUGGCUAUGUUGGUUGGAAACGGGUUAUUCCCGCCCUACUCUCCCUAACACUAACAGCCACCCUCGCGACCCCCAUCUUCGCCAUCCUGCUCGUCCUCUUCGGCGCCCCCUUCACCACCCACCACAUGCAGACGCUGCUGUGCGCGGCCCACAUGGCCAUCCUGGCGUCUACGGGCAUGGUCUACGUUCAUGGUCUGGAUGGCGCCGUCUGGAAGGAGGUCUGGGGUAUUCGGAGGCCCGGGGAUGUGGUGGAUCGUCCGUGGCAGGCAUACCCCAUCACCAUCCUCACGGGCGCGUAUCUCGGCUGGGCGGUCGGGAUGAUUCUCGGGAUGACGGUGUUGUUUGGGAAGAGGAUACGGUUUGUUGAGGAGGAAGGGUUGGCUGGGACUGUGGCUGAUGCUAAUGCUAAGGUGGAGGAGGUGAAGAAGGUUGAGUAG